GAGAGCCCGCCGUCCAAUCCGAGGGCCGCACGGCCGAGGGGCGGGCGCUGAUUGGUGGAGCGUGACGACGCCUCCUCCAGCUGCGGGUGAGUAUGGGGGCCAGCCAGGCUGCGAGGCAGAGCGCCCAGUACCGCCGCCCAGCUCGCACCGUCUUUGCGUCUUUGCCUUUGCUGCCCGCUGCACCGGCUCCCUCACCAUGGCGGACGACCGAGACAAAGCCAGCGACCAGAUGAAGUACUGGAAGGAGCAGCGGGGCUCGCAGAAACCUGAUUCUCUUACCACGGGAGCUGGUGUCCCUGUAGGAGAUAAACUUAAUAUUAUAACUGCUGGACCUCGGGGACCCCUUCUUGUUCAAGAUGUGGUUUUCACUGAUGAAAUGGCUCACUUUGACCGGGAGAGAAUUCCUGAGAGAGUUGUUCAUGCCAAAGGAGCAGGAGCAUUCGGGUAUUUUGAAGUCACUCAUGACAUUACCAAAUAUUCCAAGGCAAAGGUCUUUGAGCAUAUUGGGAAAAAGACUCCGAUUGCCGUUAGAUUCUCUACAGUUGCCGGAGAAGCCGGAUCAGCAGACACUGUUCGUGACCCUCGAGGCUUUGCUGUGAAAUUCUACACCGAAGACGGCAACUGGGAUCUCACAGGAAAUAACACGCCCAUCUUCUUUAUCAGAGACCCACUUCUGUUUCCAUCCUUUAUUCAUAGUCAGAAGAGGAACCCUCAGACCCACCUUAAAGAUCCUGACAUGGUUUGGGACUUCUGGAGUCUUCGCCCUGAAUCUUUGCAUCAGGUUAGUUUCUUGUUCAGUGAUCGUGGAAUUCCAGAUGGCCAUCGUCACAUGAAUGGAUACGGAUCUCACACCUUCAAACUGGUUAAUGCUGAAGGGAAAGCAGUUUACUGCAAAUUCCAUUACAAGACUGACCAAGGAAUCAAAAAUCUUUCUGUCGAAGAGGCUGGAAGACUUGCUAAGGAAGAUCCUGAUUACGGCAUUCGGGAUCUCUAUAACGCCAUUUCUUCAGGCAACUACCCAUCGUGGACAUUUUACAUCCAGGUCAUGACCUUCGAGCAAGCAGAAGCAUUUCCAUUUAAUCCAUUUGACCUCACUAAGGUUUGGUCUCACAAAGACUAUCCUCUUAUCCCAGUUGGUAAACUGGUCUUAAAUAGGAACCCUGGGAAUUAUUUCGCAGAGGUGGAACAGAUAGCCUUUGACCCAAGUAACAUGCCACCAGGCAUUGAGGCAAGCCCUGAUAAAAUGCUGCAGGGCCGUCUUUUCGCAUAUCCUGAUACCCACCGCCACCGUCUAGGACCCAACUAUCUUCACAUCCCUGUGAACUGUCCUUACCGAGCUCGAGUGUCCAACUACCAAAGAGAUGGACCCAUGUGCAUGUCUGACAACCAAGGUGGGGCUCCCAAUUACUACCCUAACAGCUUUGGGGCUCCUGAGGAUCAUUCCGCCGUUCUGGAGCACUGCUAUCAGAUCUCAGGGGAUGUGCAGCGCUACAACAGCCUCGAUGAAGAUAACGUCACCCAGGUGAGAACGUUCUACAACACGGUGCUGAAUGAGGCGCAGCGCCAGCGCCUAUGUGAGAACAUUGCCGGACACCUGAAGGAUGCCCAGCUUUUCAUCCAGAAGAAAGCUGUGAAAAACUUCAGUGAUGUUGAUAGUGACUAUGGGUCCCGGGUCCAGGCGCUCCUGGACAAAUACAAUGCUCAGGGACAAAAGAAUGUGAUUCGAACCUAUGCUCAGUCUGCAUCCCAGUUGUCUGCUAAGGAAAAAGCGAAUCUCUGAACUCAGCGGGAGGAUUUCUUCUCAGCUAAAAGAUUCUAUGACAGAUGAAGCUACAGGAAGCUAAUACUUAUGAUCAGUUGCCACACAAUAUAACACAACUGUCUGUAUGCUAAAUGCUCCCAUCUGAAGGCCUGGUUUUAUAAAAACAUUCACAUUUUGCAACCAGUAAUGCUUCUUGUCCAUUAAUACUUUGGACCCAGGUUUAGUAGUACUUGGGGAAAAUAAUUUUUCAUGUUUAUGUUGGAAGUGAAGGUUAAUACAGUGCCUUUUAAAAAGUGUGUUUGGUAUUGACAGUUGAUUUCAUGUGAGAAAAGUUAUUUAGUGGAAUUAUCAAUUUAGCUGAUAAAAAUUAUCUCAUGAAAUUAAUGUUCUUAUCUCACCUCACUGCCUCUUAGAUAGAAAAUAGAAUCAUUUUUUGGAUGGAUCAUUUAAAAAAAAAUCAAUUUCCUUAUGGGGAAAACAUUUUCUGGAGUACCCUUUUCAGAAAAUUAUUCUGCCACCAUCAUGUGUGGUUCAUUGUUUCUGCUUGGAAAUUGUCACCUUCCAUUCUUUUUUACCUUGAAAUUAUGUUUAUAUUAAUGCAGUAUUGAUUUUUAAAAACAGAUUGAUUUGUAGUCAUAUUUGCAUUUUACAGUAAAAUAAUCUAAGAAAGCAAA